GGGCCGAUGACGUAGACGCGCUGUCGGGCUCUGAGCUGUCUGCGGGAAGCAUGUGGGGCUGCGGCGCGCUGGUGGGGGCGCGAGCCGGGUCGCGGAUGCUGCACGAGCUGUUCCUCGCUUGGCACCGCGGCUGGUCUGCCGCAGCCCCCUACUCCGCAACUGCCGAGCCCUCCCGGGUCCGGGCGCUGGUCUAUGGGCAUCACGGGGACCCAGCCAAGGUCGUCGAGCUGAAGAACCUGGAGCUAGCUGCUGUGGGCGGAUCAGACGUCCAUGUGAAGAUGCUGGCAGCCCCUAUCAAUCCGUCUGACAUAAAUAUGAUCCAAGGAAAUUAUGGCCUCCUUCCCAAGCUCCCUGCCGUUGGAGGGAACGAAGGCGUUGGACAGGUGGUAGCAGUGGGCGGCAGUGUGACUGGGGUGAAGCCAGGAGACUGGGUGAUUCCAGCCAAUGCCGGUUUGGGAACCUGGCGGACGGAGGCUGUGUUCAGUGAGGAAGCAGUGAUCAGCAUUCCAAGUGACCUCCCUCUUCAGAGUGCCGCCACCCUGAGUGUCAAUCCCUGCACGGCCUACAGGAUGUUGAUGGACUUCGAGCAGCUGCAGCCAGGAGACUGUGUCAUCCAGAAUGCAUCCAACAGUGGAGUGGGGCAAGCAGUCAUCCAGAUCGCCGCAGCCCUGGGCCUGAGGACCAUCAAUGUGGUCCGAGACAGACCUGACUUCCAAAAGCUGACUGACAGACUGAAGAGUCUGGGGGCCGAGCAUGUUCUCACAGAAGAGGAGCUCAGGAAGCCUGAGAUGAAAAACUUCUUUAAGGACAUGCCCCCGCCGCGGCUUGCUCUCAACUGUGUUGGUGGGAAAAGCUCCACAGAACUGCUGCGACACUUAGCGCCUGGGGGAACCAUGGUGACCUACGGGGGGAAUGGCCAAGCAGCCCGUCAUAGCCUCUGUGAGCCAGCUCAUUUUAAGGAUCUCAACUUCGAGGCUUUUGGUGUCCCCAGUGGAAGAAGGACCACAGUCCAGCCCAGUUCAAGGAGCUGAUUCUCACGCUGUGCGGUCUCAUCAGCCGAGGCCAGCUCACAGCCCCCGCCUGCUCCGAGGUCCCACUGCAGGACUACCAGCGUGCCUUGGAAGCUCGAUGCAGCCCUCGUGUCUUCAAAGCAGAUUCUCACCCUGUGCUAAUCGCAGAGGAGCCAGAGCGAGGUGGGAGAGGAGACAGAUCAGCUGGACUGGUUUCUGGCGCCUCGGUUUCUGGCCCCCUCAGCCUUCCACAGGCUGUCCUCUCUCUCCAAACUGGGAGGGUUGUGCAGCCAGCCAAGGCUUGCCCCAGGGCCAGCCCCAGGGUGUCUAAUAAAGUGAACUUCGGAAAAAACAAACACAUACAAACCCAUAGAAGCUCAUCCCUGUCAAGAAGGACCCUCAUGUGCACCUGCUAAGAAGCCCCCUUGCCUGUCCUCCACUUGUCCCCCAGCGAUGAUUUCCUGACCCCUGGAAACAAAGCAUGGGUGGGCACUGGCAGGUACAAAAGCAGUAGGACACAGGCUCCACCCUCAGGCUCUCUGCAGAGGAGCAAAAAGGAACAUGUGACUCACUCUGGUGGUGUGUGGCUCAGUCUGGGGCAGGAGGAGGAAACAGCUACACGGGAGAGAGAAUGUCAGGCUGAGGAGCCAAGGAGGUGGGCUCUCAGGUCGCCGGACCAAGCUACGGGAUGCCUGUUCUAACUGGGGAGAUGGUUGUUACACCAGUGCUUCUCAGCCCCAAGUCAUUUUACCCCCAGGGAUGUUUGACAGUGUCUGGAGACAUUUUAGUCAUCACUGAGAGGAUGUUAUUGGCAUCUAGAGGGUAGAGGUGAGUGAUGCUGCUCAGACAUUUUGUGCUGCACAAAACAGCCUUCCCCAACAGAGAAUUACCCAGCCCAGAAUGUCCCUGAUGCCGCGGCUGAGAAACCCAGCAUUAAACUAAGAUUCCUACAACAACUACUGUGCGGAUUCGUAUGCUAAGCAUGUGGGUGAAACGCUGAGACCAUCACUGAUCAGGGUCUUGUCCUAGGCCUGUGGUCAGGGGAGUCUUCCUGACAUGAAGCUUGAAAGUUGGCUCUGAAAAUGAGUAGCUUUAUUCAAAGAGAAGAGUUUGACAUUAUGUAACUUUCCAUGUUUGCCUUAUGAUCCACUCAUUCAGAGCAAAAAACUAGAAACUUUGGAAUGUAUUUACUGGAUACUUAGUAUGUGCCUUAGGCUAGGGAUGCUGGUGGUGGGGGAGAGGGGACUGGCCCUCUAGUUGCUUAGCCCAGAGCAGGGGACAGACCUUCCCAGUAUAUAAUGAGGCCACUGACUUGGGUAUUCAGAGGGCAGUGGGGACACAGCAGCUCUGCCUGAGGGUUGAAGGAAGGCUUCAUGGAGGAGGUGUCAUCCACACUAAAUCUUAAAGGCCAAGCAGGAAAACAUACCAAGCGAAACCAAGGGCACAUAUGAGAUUUUGGAGGGCUGGGAGCCUGGCUCUGCCCCCUGAGACAGGAGAGUGUGAGGACUAAGGUGGGAACUGUGAAUAGAGGUCAAAGCAAGAAUGUUCGAGAAGUCAGCACUUACCCUCCAGAGCAGGGGAGGCACAAAGGGAUUUUCAGCAAGAGUGAUGUGGGAAAAUUGGCUCCGAAGGCCAGAGUAUGCUCAGGCUUAGUUGCAUGCAAACACAUAAACAGGCCCCCAGCAUAAUACUCUUGCCUUUGGGAGCACCUUCUGGGUCCUCUGGAGAAAAGGACUCCUCUUCAGCCCAGGGUUGGGGAAGGUCCGCAGGUGUCCUCUGGAUAAGAGUUGCUACCUUGCGCAACUAGGCUUGGGAUCAGCCCCAACCUGCCCAGGUCUCUCCUGUCCCCUGUCCUCUGUCCUUGAGGUUAGUGGGACACCUGACUGUAUAGAUGGUCAACAUGGGCAAGUGCAAAAAGCCUGAGAGGGUGGAAGAGGCUGCUGAAAGUCUACAGGAGUGAACGGUUCAGAUUCAGUUCUUCGGGGUGAGUCCACAAUGUUGGGCUUAGGGGAACCGAUGAGCCUGCAGCCAUGGGGAGGGAGCAGCCCCUGGUACAGACUCAGAGGAGGUAGACAGGAAGGAGGAAGAUUCCUAACAUCAUGGUUAGAGACCCCAUGGAGGGAUGUGCAAGAUGUCCUGAGAAUGUAGCUCUGGGGGUCUGGAGAUGACAUCUGGGCUGUGCUUUAAAGGAUGAUUAUAGUUUUCUCAGGCGGGGAAAGGAGACAAGCAUAAACCAAGGGACCAGAUUAAGCUAAGUUAUAGAAGCAGGACGUUUAUGUUAAAAUCUUCUCAUUUCCCCCCAAAUAUCCAUUCUCUUCCUGAGGAUGCCGACAACUUUUAGGUCGGUACAUAGUGGCUGGAAUAAACGGGUUUCUGGCUUUCCUUACAGCAGACAGGUCUGUCACUUGUCAUGCAAACAGAAGUGGUAGGUGUCAGUUUAUUAAGAACCUCUUUAAAAUAUAGCUGGCAUCCAUCCUGUACCUCUAUCUUCCCUUUCUGCCUUCCCCCUGGUUGGGACAUAGGCCUGAUUCUGGGAAUUUGCGCAACCAUCUUUGAUCAUGUUAAGAAUGGGUCAGUGACAAGAUCCAAGAAGCCUGGGUUCCCCGUACCCAGAAGUCCUAACUGGCCACCUCAGGAUUUGUUUUACAUAAGAAACAAGCUUCUGUGUUAUUUAGGUCCCUCGUAUUGGGGCUUUCUCUGAACUUGAUUAUAACUCAUCUGUAUUCUCUGGUCUAAUUUAUGUUGAAAUCAUUCAUGCUGAAGCUGAAAGAGUGAAUGGUGGCAGUUUAUGAUUCCCCACUAAGGAAUUUGAAUUUUAUCCUAUUGGCUGUAGGAAACAAAAGAUUUCUGAGCCAGAAAAUGAGAACUCUGCUUUGGGG